AUGGUGGUACGCAAAUCUCUUCCUAUAUGCAGUGUUUCUACUGACAUCCUAGUUCAGAAAAUAUCCGUGCUACAACACGCGCCUUCAAAACAUCUCCCCGCUCGUCCAGGGGACCCCACACCUACUUCUCGCAACCUCGACCCCCUGAUGCAUCCGUUUGCUCGCGCGCGCGAGCGCACAAGAGCUUUGAAUGCCGCAAAGAUGGAGCGCAUGUUCGCGAAGCCGUUCGUUGCAAGCUUGGAGGGGCAUGUUGACGCCGUAGAAGCGAUAGUGAGGAAACCGGACACGCUGGAUGUUGUCGCGAGUGGAAGCUGGGACGGAGGUCUGAUCGUCCAUGACGUGUCUAGACGAACAAGGCUAUUCCAGACAGACCAAGCUCACAAGGGGAAGGUGUCGGAUGUAUGCUUCGGGAAAGACACUCGCUUGUUGAGUUGUGGUGUUGAUAGAAAUAUCAAACUAUGGAACAUGCCUUCUGGUGCGGAGGAUGACGAGUCAGAAGCAGGGCCCUCACAGCGGAAACCUGUGAGCAUCUUCCCCGGGAAGACGGCGUUCAACUCUAUAGACCAUCACCGAUACGAUCCUCUAUUCGCCACCGCGUCUAAUAUUGUUCAAGUAUGGGAUGAGACAAAAAGUGCCGCUGUAACAAAUCUCACUCCCCCAACGUCCACCGAGACCGUGACGUCUGUCAGAUUCAACCUCGCCGAAGCAUCAGUGCUUGCUAGCAUCGGCUCAGACCGUUCCUUCGCCCUCUAUGACAUUCGAACAGGCAAAGCAGAACGCCGAAUCAUCAUGCGGAUGCGUAGCAACGCGUUAUCAUGGUCUCCAACAUUCCCCACCUCCGUCCUCCUCGCUUCCGAAGAUCACAACCUUUACACCUUCGACAUUCGCUCCCUCAAUCAGCCCGCCCAAAUAUACAAGGGCCACGUUGCCGCCGUCAUGACUUGUGAUUGGGCACCAACUGGCCUUGAGUUUGUCAGUGGCGGCUGGGACCGCACUGUUCGCAUCUGGAAGGAGGGCCGAGGCUCCGCUCCGGAGGUAUACCACACAAAACGCAUGCAGCGGGUGACGUCGACGCUGUAUACUGGAGACGCGCGCUUCGUCCUCUCCGGCUCGGACGACGGCAACGUGCGCGUCUGGAAGGCGCACGCCUCGGACAAACUGGGCGUCAUCACCGCUCGCGAGCGCGCCGCGAUCGAGUACCGCGACAGCCUGAAGGCGCGCUGGAAGACGGACUCUGAGAUCAACAAGAUCUCGCGGACGAGGCACAUACCCAAGCCCGUGUACAAGGCCGCGCAACUCAAGCGAACGAUGCUCGAAGCAGCGCGCGUCAAGGAGGAGCGCCGGAGGAAGCACACGCGGGCGGGCGAGCGCAAGCCCACGGCGGAAAAGAAGAAGGUCGUUAUCACGGAGCAGUCGUAG